GGAAAUCCAGCUUUAGGGGGCGGCGUUACAAACUCACCUCGACCCACGACAUGGCGACGUAAAUAAUAGUUACACCAGAUAUUAUUUCACCGAAAUGCGUUUAUUUUAGAAUCACUGAUACGUGUUCUUGUUUUACAGAGUGUUACUUGACGGUCAUUGGGCGGUUUUGUGGAUUUUACAGUAACACUGAGGUGUUGACAGUUUCAGCGCGCGCAGUAAUUAAAAACAGGAAGACGCUAAACGAUGCACGAGCUCAGUGCUAAAUACACGGAGGCUGACAGCCCGAGAAAGCGCCACCGGAGCCGCUCGAGCAGCGGAAGUGCGCGAAGUCGCUCACGGGAGCGUGUCACGAGCCCUGCGACCGAUCAACACCGACACAACGGGACAGAAGAGCGGAAGUCAAAAUGGUUCGAGAGCAAAGAGAGGAGUCGGAGCCGCUUCUGGUUCGGCAGCUCGCGCAGUCGGUCCAGGUCGAGAGAACGUGAGAAGUCGGCGUGGGCUGAUGAAAGGGACCGGGGAUCACGAUCUGAUUACUACGACAAGAGAGACGACAUCCAAAGGCAGAGACAAGAAGCUUUCAUCGCUAGACGCUUGCAAGAGCGUGAAAGAAUCGGCGAGCUGGGAUGCCCAGAGGUCUGGGGCUAUUCACCAAGAGUCCGAGACCCAGACUCAGAUGAACACACCCCAGUUGAAGAUGAUGUGAAGCACAACAGCUCAGAGACAAGUUCAGAAGAGGAGAAGAAAAAAAAGAAAAAGAAACGGAAAUCAAAAAAAAAGAAAGCGCACAAGCACUCAGAGGACAGUGGAUCAGAAAGUGACUCAGAAGAAGAGGUCAAGAAGAAGAAAAAGAAGAAGAAAAACAAAAAGAAGAAGAAGAAGAAGAAGGCUAAAAAGAGCCGCAAAGAGUCCAGCAGUUCCAGCAGCGAUCAGUCUGAAGAGGAAGAUGAUGAGCUCCAAGAACUGUGGGUGGAGAAAACUCGACUUGAUGAUCAUGUGGUUGGACCUGAAGCUCCUCUAACUCACAUGGCUCAGGAUGAUAAACCAUUGGAUUUUGGACAUGCUCUGUUACCGGGUGAAGGUGCCGCCAUGGCAGAGUAUGUCAAAGCAGGCAAGCGAAUACCUAGGAGAGGUGAAAUUGGCCUUACCAGUGACGAGAUUGCAGACUUUGAAAAAUCAGGCUACGUGAUGAGCGGAAGCAGACAUCGGCGUAUGGAGGCGGUCAGAUUAAGAAAGGAAAAUCAAAUUUAUAGUGCGGAUGAGAAGAGAGCCCUCGCCUCCUUCAACCAAGAGGAAAGAAGGAAGAGGGAGAGCAAAAUCCUUUCCAGCUUUAAAGAAAUGGUCUACCGCAAAACAAAAGGCAAAGAAGAAAAAUAAAAUUUUAAAAACUGCUGAAAUUGUUCCAUUUUGCACCCAAAUAAAUAUACAUUUAAAGAC